AGAAAGAGGAGAGCAGCAGAGUUCCUCCUUCUGCCUUUGCCUGAUGUGUCUUCAUGCUGAAAAUACAGGACAGCGAUUCAUAAACACUCCAGUGUGCUAUAUCUCUGUUCUGUUACUGAAACACUCUCAGGAAUCAUGAUUCGUUUUGGAGCUCUGAUCACUCUUCUGGCUUGUGUGAUGCUGUCAGAGGCUCAACAUCAGCCUGGCUACUGUGCUUUCUAUGAGGAGUGUGGUCGUAACCCAUCCCUGGGGGAAACCCUCAUCCCUCCUAUCGUCCCCUGUCUCAAUUAUGGCCCUGCCCGAGCUCUCACAGGAGAACACUACAAAAAGCUCCAAGAGGUGUGUCCCAUUUUGGAUCGAGGAGAGGGCAACACAUAUGCCUGCUGCUCCAUCAAACAGAUGACAUCUCUGCAGCGGAGUCUGACCAUGUCCCGGGCUGUGCUGAACCGCUGCCCCUCCUGCGCGGAGAACUUUGCCCAUCUCCACUGCAUCAACACCUGCAGCCCUAACCAGACGCAGACAGUUAAUGUAACAAAGGUCAUGAACAUCACUGAACUGGGCGUCACCAGGGAGGCCGUAGUCGGCUAUCAGGCAUAUGUCAGCACCACUUUUGCAGAAAACGCCUUCCAGUCUUGUAAAAAUGUCCGAAUUCCAGCCACAGGAGGCUUCGCCAUCGCCACCAUGUGUGGUCGGUUUGGUGCCAAGUUGUGCACUGCACAGCGCUGGUAUGAUUUCCAGGGCGAUUCCAGUAACGGCCUUGCUCCGCUUGACAUUGACUUCCGGAUGAUAAAACCAGGCGAUACCACAGGGCUGCCAAAAGGUGUGGUUCCGUACAAUGGACAAGCUCUGAAGUGUAACGAGAACACUCCAUCAGGUGGUCAGGCCUGUUCCUGUCAGGACUGCCAAGAAGCAUGCCCACUUGUGCCACCUCCUUUGCCACCCCCUCCACCUUUCCGGUUGUUUGGGAUAGACGGAUUCUUUGUGAUUUCUAUUAUCUUACUCUGCCUCCUGAUAUUUAGCUUCUUGCUCUUCCUCAUUGUCUCUUGCUUGAUACAGUCUCAAAAAGGAAAGAAUGAGGAAAAAGGAAAGAAAACUGGUAAAGGCAAAGACCAGAACAGUAAUCCUGUCACUCAGCGUGUUAUUCAUCCUUCAGAAGUGGCAUGUACUGAUAAGAUCAGCUUGGCUGCUCAAACUUUCCUGGGCUCACUGUUUCAGGCUUGGGGAACACUCAUGGCCUCUUAUCCUUCCUUGGUGCUGCUUGUGUCUGCUGCUGUGGUGGUUGCUUUCUCUGUUGGCCUGAAGUCCAUUGAACUCACCACUGAUCCAGUCGAGUUGUGGUCUGCUCCGAAAAGCCAGGCCCGCCAGGAGAAAGACUUCCAUGACAAGCACUUUACCCCCUUCUUCAGGACAAACCAGCUGAUCUUGACGGCACCAGACAGGAAAGGCCACAUUUACAACUCUUUGCUGUUUGGACUGCAGAACUUCAGUGGGAUUAUAUCUAAAGAUCUCAUCAUUGAGCUGCUGGAGCUUCAGAAAAAAAUACAGAAAAUUGAGUUCUGGUCAGAGGAUCUGAACCGCACAGCAAAUCUGAAGGAUAUAUGUUAUGCACCUCUGAACCCAUCCAAUCCUUCCCUGACUGAUUGUGCAGUAAACAGCUUGCCACAGUACUUCCAGAACAGCCUGGAAAAUAUUAACGCUAAAGUGAAUAUGACCGAGCUGGGAGAGACUAAAGAGGUGGACUGGAGAGACCACCUGAUCUACUGCCUCAACUCUCCUCUGUCCUUCAAAGAUAUCACUGAUUUAGGAAUGAGUUGCAUGGCUGAUUACGGAGGUCCAGUCUUCUCAUUUCUAGCUGUUGGGGGCUAUAAGGAUGAUGAGUAUACCAAUGCUGAAGCUCUCAUCAUGACCUUUUCACUUAACAACUAUGCUCGUGACAACCCCAAGUUCAAAGUGGCUUUGCAGUGGGAGAAAGAGUUUCUUAAAAUUGUCCAGGACUACCAGAAGAACCCAGCUACUAAUUUCACCUUUGCAUAUAUGGCAGAGAGAUCUCUAGAGGAUGAAAUUAACAGAACAACAGCAGAAGAUAUUCCCAUUUUCAUGAUAAGCUAUGCAGUAAUCUUUGUUUACAUCGCUGUGGCACUUGGGGAGUACUCUUCGUGGAGACGCAUACUGGUGGACUCCAAGUUUUUGGUGGGUCUCGGUGGGAUCCUCGUGGUUGGCUGUUCUGUUCUGGCUUCCAUGGGUUUCUACUCUUGGAUUGGCAUCCCCUCUUCGCUGAUCAUCUUGCAAGUUGUGCCCUUUUUGGUGCUAGCUGUUGGAGCUGACAACAUCUUCAUCUUUGUUUUGGAGUACCAGAGGGAUGUACGAAAACCUGGAGAGAAGCGAGAGGAGCAAAUUGGCCGGGUACUUGGUCAUGUAGCUCCCAGCAUGCUCCUGUGCAGUCUCUCUGAGUCAGUCUGCUUCUUUCUUGGGGCGCUGUCCACCAUGCCAGCAGUGAAAUCUUUUGCUCUGUAUGCUGCUUUGGCUGUGCUUAUGGAUUUUGUCCUUCAGAUGACAGCCUUUGUGGCAUUGCUGUCCCUGGACGCUCGGCGUCAAGACAGCAAUCGCUGUGAACUCCUCUGUUGUGUUAGUGUAUCAAAACAGCGUCCCAACAAACCAAACGAGGGCUUUCUGCUGCCCUUCAUGAGGAAAUACUAUGCUCCUGCCCUGCUGCAUGGCUUCACCAGGAUCAUAGUGAUGUUGGUUUUUAUCUUCAUGUUCUGUGCCUCCAUAUUCCUGAUGCUGAAUGUAAAGGUGGGCCUGGAUCAGGAGUUGGCUAUGCCAAAGGGUUCUUAUAUGCUGGACUAUUUCCAUUAUCUGUACAAAUACUUUGAGGUCGGGGUUCCUGUUUAUUUUGUAACAAAGAAGGGCUUCAACUUUGCCACUGUGGAAGGCAUGAAUGGAGUCUGCUCCAGCGUGGGCUGUGAUCAGUUCUCAAUGACCCAGAAAAUCCAGUAUGCCACUAACUACCCUGAUCGAUCAUAUUUGGCAAUUCCUGCUAACUCAUGGGUGGAUGAUUUCAUUGACUGGUUGAACCCUGGAUCUAGAUGUUGUCGCCUCUACAGCUUUGGACCAAAUGCUGGAAAGUUCUGCCCUGCAAACAUAAGUUCUCUACUGUGCCCAAAUAAGUGCUUGCCCCGCUCUGCAGAUGGUGUCAUUAGGCCCAGUGUGGAGCAGUUCAACCACUUCCUCCCUGACUUCCUGGGUAACAGACCUGACCUACAAUGUUCCAAAGGUGGCUUGGGGGCAUAUGACACGUCAGUGGUGAUAGAUGACAGUGGAGAAAUAAUAGCCUCUCGGUUCAUGGCUUACCAUGUACCUCUGACCAACUCUCAGGAGUUCACUGCGGCCCUGCUAAAAGCCAGAGAGCUGGCUGACCACAUCACAUUGGGCAUGAGGAACAUUACAGGCACUUCACCUGACUUUGAAGUAUUUCCAUACACGGUAACUUAUGUGUUUUAUGAGCAGUACCUAACUAUUGUAUCAGAGGGACUCUUCAACAUUGCCCUGUGUCUGCUGCCAACUUUUGUCGUGUGCUGCCUGCUGCUGGGUUUGGAUCUGCGCUCUGGCCUCCUCAACUUGCUCACCAUAAUCAUGAUUGUUGUAGAUACUGUUGGAGUCAUGACAUUAUGGAGCAUUGAUUACAAUGCAGUAGCUCUAAUCAAUCUGGUCACGGCAGUAGGUAUAUCUGUGGAGUUUGUGUCCCACAUGACGAGAUCCUUUGCACUCAGCAUUAAGCUCACACGUGUGGAAAGAGCAAAGGAGGCUACAGCCAAAAUGGGCAGUGCAGUGUUUGCUGGUGUUGCAAUGACCAAUUUGCCAGGCAUCCUUGUGCUGGCAUUUGCGAAAGCACAGCUCAUCCAGAUUUUCUUCUUCCGGUUAAAUCUUGUCAUUACACUUCUGGGAAUAGCUCAUGGACUAAUAUUCCUCCCCGUGCUGCUUAGUUAUUUUGGGCCCGGCGUUAAUAAAGCUGUGCUGCUGCAGCUUCAGGAGGCCAACAAAAACCCGGCGAUGAGGAACGGAACGAGAGAGGUGUAUGAUAAUAUUAGCUACGAAGAACAUGAAAUGCAACAGACAGCAGGUUCCAGCACAAAAAGAGCUCACUCUGAUGACAGCACAUCUUCACAAAGAAUGAAACAAGAUACUUUCAAAAGUACUGACAAGAAAGAAAAGAAAUGACAAUUUCUGAGCACCAACACUAAAAAUACCUGUUGAACUGUUUUCAGCUCUAAAGAGCUGAUACUUGUGUAACACAAGGAGCAAGGAUGGCCCCAGAAAACUGUACAAAGCAAACAUGGAGCCUAGUAUCUGGCUUCAUGUGGAAAUCAUUAACUUAACUAUUUACCUCAAUCAGAAAUGGAGUUGUGUGGCAGAUAGCAACAGAAAGUUGUGCAAUUUAUUUGGGGGGUAAUGCAGCAAGGUACUACUGCAAAGACAGUGAUUUUCUAUUUUUUACUGGAUGCAAUUAUUUGUAUGUUUUAUGUCAUAGUAGCACUACGGAGAGAGAAUUAAACACUCCAGCAUUUUAGGACCGUUUCUGCAACUACAGUUUUCUGUAAAGUGUGCAAUCAAUAAAAAAAUAAAUUAAAAAGAAGUGAAUUGUUUAUUUGUUAAUAUAUUGUAUUUAUUUUUCAGAACACCCUUUUAAAAAGUGUAUGAGUCUUAGAGUGCUCACAGCACUAGGAUUUAUCUCUUCAAGUUUAUGCUAUGUUGGAAAUAGUGUGUUUAAAGUCUAGGUUGGUUCAUCACUUACAAAAGUACUAAAACCACUGCUGAUUCAAAUAUAAAGGUUGUAUUUUUCUGUUGUAAUAAGAGUUUUAAAAAUUAUAUUAGAGGCAGGAUCCUUUUAUAAUGUGAUGAGCUCUUGAAGAAGCAAAAUUAAAAUCAGU